AGUUCGGGACAAUUUACUUGUAUUUGGGCAGUCUGCGUAGUUAGCUGGUGCUCCAGCGAGUUGCCAUUUUUACACACUCUCGGAGAACCAGGAAACAACCCAUAUAAGCUACGCGUCUUUCAACUAUGAUCAGCACUGCUGGCUCUCUGUGUAAAUGGAAGGAUAUGGAACGUCCAUCUUUACCAUCUUCUCUGGACUCAACAUUGCCUGGGAUAUCUAGAGAAGUGCUGUCGGUGUCCAUGGAACCGAAAUAUCAAUGCCUGCAGUGCAAAGAUAUUCUUAGGAAACCUUUCCAAGCACAAUGUGGACAUCGCUUCUGUGUGUUCUGUUUCAAACAACUGACCAGCUCAGGGCCCAUACCCUGCGAAGCCUGUCGUGCUGAGGGUAUAUUUGAAGAGGAAACGUCUGUGCUUAAUAUUGCAGUGGCAUUUCCUGAUAAUGCAGCACGAAGAGAAAUUGAUAGCUUGCCUGCUAAAUGCCCAAAUGAAGGUUGUAGUUGGUCUGGAACACUGAAGGACUUUGAGAAUCAACAUGAAGGUCGCUGUGUCUUUGAACGUGUGAAAUGUGAAGCAUGUCAAGCGCUUAUAUUGCUCACUGAGAAGGACCGUCACAAUGAGCGGGAAUGUGAAGCCAGAACCCUCAACUGUAAAUACUGCAAAGUCACAUUCAACUUUAAGGAAAUUAAGGCCCAUGAUGAAAUUUGUCAGAAAUUUCCCAUGCAAUGCAAAGACUGUGGUAAAAAGAAAAUACCUAGAGAGAAGUUUCAAGAGCACACCAAGUCUUGUGCAAAAUCUAAGUCAGCAUGCCAGUUCAGGGAUAUUGGUUGCAGGACAGUGGUUGACAAUGGCAAGCAACAGGAGCAUGAGCAAACCAGCAUAAUGGAGCAUUUGCGUCUGAUGUUAGCUGUGCUAUCCUCCAUGCGCCUGCGAGCAGAAGGGGCUGGAGAGUGGCAGGAAGACGCUGGGCUGGGAUUGUAUCGUGGACCUGAAGAUGCACCACCCGCAGGAGCUCAUAAUGCAGGAAGAGGAGGCGGUCCUGGUGUGCAGAAAAAAGUCACAACUUUGGAGAACAUAGUGUGUGUCUUGAAUAAAGAGGUGGAACGCUCAGCCCUCAACAUGGAGGCGCUAUCCCGGCAACAUCGGCUAGACCAGGAAAAGAUUGAGAACUUGUCAAACAAGGUGCGACAGUUGGAACGGACGUUAACCAUGCGAGACCUGCAGUUAGCAGAAUCUGAGCAGUCUUUGCGGGAGCUGCAGUUUUGUACAUAUGAUGGGGUUUUCAUUUGGAAAAUAGCGGAAUUCUCUCGCCGCAGGCAAGAUGCAGUGGCAGGCCGAGCACCUGCCAUGUUCUCACCUGCAUUUUACUCCAGUAAAUAUGGGUAUAAGAUGUGUCUGAGACUCUACCUGAAUGGUGAUGGCACAGGUCGAGGCUCUCAUCUCUCUCUGUUCUUUGUGGUCAUGAAAGGCAAAUAUGAUGCACUGCUGAAGUGGCCCUUCAGCCAGAAGGUGACAUUGAUGCUGUUAGACCAAAACAACAGAGAGCACAUCAUUGAUGCCUUCAGGCCUGACGUGAGCUCCACAUCCUUCCAGAGACCCAUCAGUGAGAUGAAUAUAGCCAGUGGCUGUCCUCUCUUCUGCCCCCUCGCCAAGCUGGCAGGCAAAAGCUCAUAUUUGAGAGAUGACACCAUAUUUAUUAAAGCCAUAGUCGACCUCACCGGCUUAUAAGACCAAAUAGAUCACUCAUAAUAACAAUUGAUGAUAUUAUUGUAUCAUAGAUGUGCUGCGGAAGACACAUUAUUAAAAUAUUACAUAAUAAAAAUAAUAAUAUAAAGGAUAAUAACAUGAUUAUUAGGAUUUUUAUAAAUAUUAUUAUUAUUAUUAUUAGAAUAUUGGUCACAUUUAAGGUUCUGUUCCUUAAUGUGUGGAGAUUACUAAUAGAUUACUUGCAUUAUUAUAAUCCAAAGUUUCGCUUAUUAACAUUAAGACCGGUGAAUAAAUACAGUAAUUUGUUGUUCAUUGUUGGUUGAUGUUAGGUAAUAUAUUACAAUAAGGCUCCAUUAGUUCAUGUUAAAGUGUUACCUUAAGUGUUAUUAUUUUAUUAUAUGCAAAAUGAUGUCGCAAAGAGACUUCCACAUCAAUAAUUGUGAUAUAAUUGAAUAUUUAAUACACAAUAUAUAUAUUUAUAUACAGUAUUUAUACAAUAUAUUUUUACUAGACCUAUAUAACUACUUUUAGUAGUUGAAUGCAAUAUUAAAUUAUUAUACUGGGAUGCAGUUCAGAUUCUAACUGCAUUGCUUAAAGUUAUGAUCUUUUGCUGAAAGAACAGAGUAUAAAUAGUCUGCUAUAAUAAUGACCACUCUGCAUUUACUAACUAGACUGGUUUAAUAAUAGAGGAAAUUAUUUUACAUGAAUACACUUAUUAAUAAGUGCUGCGAGAAUCAUUUAGCUCCUGGAAAUGGAUUGUUGGGAUGGUUUGUAAGCUGCAUAAAGCUACAAUACUAGUAGCUAAAAUAAAAUGCUGGUCUAAAAGAUGAAUUUGAUUGCUCUGACAUGUUAAAUGGCUUCACAGAAUAUAUUGCUGCAGAUGUUUAAUCGACACCCAACCCUAAUAAAAGAGAGCUAAUUAUUACUAGCAUUGAUCUUUGUAAAGCUGUUUAUUAGCAGGUGAAUUGGUUGUAUUAUAAAUGCUGCUCAGCUUUAAUCGUUAAAGGAACUGUUGCUUGGAUAUUAGUUUGCUUUUGCUCUUAGGUAAAAAACAAAACAAAACAAAAAAAACAGCAUUAUCUUUUUCGUUUGUAUUUCUCUUAUACAUAUUAUGUUUUACUUUACUCUUUAUACAGGUAUGUGCCAUUUAUUUCCAAAUUAGUUCAGUACACACAAAGUGAAAUAUUUCAAGCCUUCAUUUGAUUUAAUUUGAAUGAUUAUGGAUUAAAGAUAAAAAAAAACAAAUCCAAUAUUUCACAAAAUUAGAAUAUUUCACAUGACCAAUAAACAAAGGAUCUUAAACACAUGCUGGCCUUCUGAAAAGUGUGUUAAUGUUGUGUAUUAUGUCCUUAGUACUUUGUUAGACCUUGUUUAGGACUAAUUACAGCAUCAAGGUGAUGUGGCAUGGAAGUGAUCAGCCUUUGACACAAUUGAAGUGUUAUGGUAGUCCAAGUUGCUUUGAUAUCAGCCUAUCUGCAUUUCGGGUUCCCUCAUCUUCCUCUUGACAAUAGCCCAUAGAUUUUCUAUAGACCCUUUUCACAUUUCCGGGUUUCUAAGUAGCAGAAGUUGUCAUAGCUGGGAAAACAUAGAGCGCAGUGAAUGGAAAUACAACUAAUUAUUUUUUAACUAUCUUAUUUGCUCAAAUCGUGAGAGAAAAAAACUCCACGAUGAUGUUAUAAAGUAAAAGAAAAAAAGAAAAAGGAAAAAUAAUUGUGGGAGACUGAUGACGGCAGCCAGAGGAGAGAAUAACGUCAAAUUUACUGUCCUGUCCCAUAGAUGCUGCAUUAGAAACACCUCGCACAAGUGGUAAUCAGUUUUUUUUUUUCCAUUUAAAGCAAAGAUGAUAUAAUACACACAUAAAUGCAUAUAAAUGUUCAUACGUAAAAAAAAAAUCUAAAUAUUAAAAACCUUUAAGGAUUUAAGAUGCUGAUGACCGUUAAAUGAGUUAUAACAGGCUUGUGAAAAGGGUCUAUGGGGUUUAAGUCAGGUGUGUUUCCUGGCAAAUUAAAAACAGGGAUGGCAUAGACCUUAAACCAGGUACUGGUAGCUUUGGCACUGUGUGCAGGUCCAAAGUCCUGCUGGAAAAUAAAGUCAUCAUCUCCAAAAAGCUUGUCUGCAGCAGGAAACAUGAAGUGCUCUAAAACGUCCUGGUAUAGAGCUGCGUUGAAUGUGGACUUGAUAUGUGGUGGUUCUUGAUGCUCUGACACCAGCCUCAGUCGCCCUUGCUUGACAAUCCUCUCAAGGCUGCGGUCAUAUUUGUGCACCUUUUCUAGCCACAUUUUCCGCUUCCUCUUAACACUCAAUUAAUAUACUUAGAUACUGCCCUCUGUGAGCAUCCAGCUUCUUUUGUACUUGCCUUUUUAGACUUUUCCUUCUUAUGGAGGCUUCCAUCGAUGGUUUUCUGCACAACCGUCAAGUCAGCAGUCUUCCCCGUGAUUCUGAAGCCUACUAAGCCAGACUGAGACAAUUUCAAGGCUUUGCAUUAAUUAGCGGACUAGAUUGAGACACUGGGAGCCUACAAUGUUGAACAUUGUCAUGGUAUUCAACAUUUUUUUGAAAACUAGAUUUGAGUUUUGCUCAUCUUUAAUCCAUAAUCAGUUCAAUUAAAACAAAUGAAUGCUUGAAAUAUUUCACUUUGUGUGUGGUGAACUAAUAUAACACACAAUUUUCUAAUUUCAUUUUCUAAUAUUCACAUUUUUUGGCGCAUACCUGUACUAUACUCAUAUAUUCAAUCAUUUUAGAUAUUAACAUACUUUCUAUUUUAUGAUUUAACAAUACUUGAUUACUGUAAAAAUAUAUACAUAGUUUUUCUUUUUUGAUUAAGCAGUUCUUUAACAAUCUUAUUAUAAAAGACUAAAUAAAAUAUCAACUUCCACAUUUGUUUUUUUGGACAUUCUUACAUUGAUCACUAAAAGGACAAAAUAUAAACUAAUACAAUGAGGUCAAAUAAAGGUUCAAAUGGAAUCUAAUAAUUAUAAAACACAAACAAACAAUAAAAUGAAGACUUUUAUUAUGCAUCUUUUUAAAUUAAAAUGAAUUGUUAAGGUGACACGGUGGCUCAGUGGUUAGCACUGUCGCGAGCUGGGCAAGAUGGCAUUUCUGUUUGGAGUUUGCAUGUUCUCCUUGUGUUGCCGUGGGUUUCUCCACAGUGGGGUACUCCGUAGUGUACUUUUAAUUGAUAUCAUUCUUCUUCAUUAAAUGUUACAAAUUGACAGCAGCCCGGGCAGCAUAGUGGCUAAGUGGUUAGCACUAUUGCUUCACAGCUGGACCACAAGACCUUUCUCUGUAGAGUUUGCAUGUUCUCCCUGUGUAUGUGUGGGUUUCCUCCGGGUGCUCCGGUUCCCCCCACAGUCCAAAGACAUGCGAUACAGGUGAAUUGAUUAAACUAAAUUGGCCGUAGUGUAUGUGUGCGAAUGAGUGUUUUCCAGUACUUAAUUGCCGCUGAAAGGGCAUCCGCUGUGUAAAACAUGCUGGAUAAGUUGGCGGUUCAUUCCGCUGUGGCUACUCCAGAUGAAUAAAGGGACUAAGCCGAAGGAAAAUGAAUGAAUUUGUUAAACCAUGUAUAUUAUUUAACAUUUUUACAGGGAACAAAUAAAAUAAAAUAAAAAAUCACAUGAAAUACGUUACUGUAAUGAUAAUUGGAGUUUAAUAGAUAUAAAAUACAAACAUUAUGAAGAAGAGUAUUUCUGUGAAUGUGGAUUAUGGAUCAUUGUAAUGUGUGUGUUUUUUUGGGGUGGGGAAGAUUUGUUAAACCAUUUGUUUCAGCAAUAAACAUAAUAAAACGAGCAUGCUCUUA